CCUCAAAUAUGGCAAUUCCUCUCAAAGCUUCUUUCUUCUACUCCAUACCAAGCGAAACCGGGUCUAUUCGUAGUUCUAUGCUCAAAAGACUGCUGCUUUCUCCUCCUUCUCUACUCCGCUCUCUUAUCCAGAAUCACCGCUACAUAUUGCAAUCGUUUCCAGUGUCGAAGAAGUGCCGAUUCAAUUUCGAAUGCUCUUCUAGGCCUUUCUCGAUCAUUUCGUCUCGAACUUUUCGUGCUGACAGGGUUCUUGCCAUGGCGGAACGAGAGGAUACGUCAAAAACGGCGUCGCAUUCUCACAACUACACCAAUCGCCUUGCGGCUGAGCACAGUCCGUAUCUUCUUCAACACGCACAUAAUCCGGUUGAUUGGUAUCCAUGGGGAGAAGAAGCCUUCGCUGAAGCUCGAAGGAGAGACGUGCCUAUCUUCUUAUCAAUUGGAUAUAGCACUUGCCAUUGGUGUCAUGUUAUGGAGGUGGAGUCUUUUGAGAGUGAAGAAGUUGCAAAGCUGUUGAACGAUUGGUUUGUUAGUAUUAAGGUGGAUCGAGAGGAACGACCAGAUGUUGACAAGGUAUAUAUGACUUAUGUGCAGGCCUUGUAUGGCAGUGGAGGUUGGCCACUCAGUGUCUUUCUUUCACCAGAUUUGAAACCUUUGAUGGGUGGAACUUAUUUUCCUCCUGAUGAUAACUAUGGAAGACCAGGAUUCAAAACUGUACUUAGAAAGGUCAAAGAUGCCUGGGGCAGUAAGAGGGAUGCUCUUAUUAAGAGUGGAUCCUUUGCUAUUGAACAACUGUCAAAAGCAUUGUCUGCUAGAGCAAGUUCGAAUAAUUUGCCAUCUGGGCUUCCACAGGACGCAUUGAACCUCUGCGCAGAGCAACUUUCUCAAAGCUAUGAUCCGAAGUUUGGGGGAUUUGGAUCAGCCCCAAAGUUUCCAAGACCAGUGGAAAUACAACUAAUGCUUUAUCAUUCGAAAAAGUUGGAGGAAACUGGGAAACUAGGAGAAUCAAAUAAAGGUCGGAAGAUGGUUUUCUUUAGCUUGCAAUGCAUGGCAAGGGGAGGCAUUCACGAUCAUAUUGGAGGUGGCUUUCACAGAUACAGUGUGGAUGAGUGGUGGCAUGUUCCACAUUUUGAAAAAAUGCUCUAUGAUCAAGGGCAGCUGGCUGAUGUUUUCUUGGAUGCCUUUUCCAUCACCAAAGAUGUCUUCUACUCUUUUGUGGCACGGGAUAUUCUUGAUUACUUGAGGAGAGACAUGAUUGGUCCUGAAGGUGAAAUCUUUUCAGCAGAAGAUGCCGAUAGUGCUGAGUCGCCAGGGGCUAUAAGAAAAAAGGAAGGUGCUUUCUAUGUAUGGACUAGCAAAGAGAUUGAUGACAUCCUUGGCGAGCAUGCAAAUCUUUUUAAGGAACAUUAUUACAUAAAGCCUUCAGGGAACUGUGACCUUUCUAGAUUGAGUGAUCCUCACAACGAAUUUAGUGGGAAAAAUGUGCUCAUUGAAAAAAAUGACUCUUCUGCCCUGGCAUCGAAAUUAGGCAUACCAAUUGAAAAAUAUCUUGAGAUAUUGGGUGAAUGCAGGCAAAAGCUGUUUGAUGUAAGGUCACAUCGACCAAGGCCGCACUUGGAUGAUAAGGUAAUUGUCUCAUGGAAUGGACUGGUGAUUUCAUCAUUUGCAAGGGCUUCCAAAAUCCUCAAGGAUGAAGUUGAAGGCACAAAAUUAUACUUUCCUGUCACUGGUUGUGAUCCUAAGGAAUACAUAGCAGUUGCAGAGAAGGCAGCAUCUUUUAUCAGAAGGAAACUUUAUGAUGAGCGCUUGUGCCGGCUACAGCACAGCUUUAGGAAAGGCCCAUCUAAAGCACCUGGUUUCUUGGAUGAUUACGCUUUUCUGAUUUCCGGAUUAUUGGAUCUUUAUGAGUUUGGUGGAGGAAUUUUUUGGCUAGUUUGGGCCCUUGAACUGCAGAAUACACAGGAUGAAUUAUUUCUUGAUAAAGAGGGAGGAGGCUAUUUUAAUACUCCAGGGGAAGACCCUUCAGUUCUUCUCCGUGUAAAGGAAGAUCAUGAUGGGGCAGAGCCCUCAGGAAACUCUGUUUCUGCAAUUAAUCUUGUACGAUUGGCUUCAAUGGUGGCUGGCAGUAAAUCUGAUCAUUACAGACAAAAUGCUGGACAUCUUCUGGCAGUUUUUGAGACGAGAUUGAAAGACAUGGCUACGGCUGUGCCUCUAAUGUGUUGUGCUGCUGAUAUGCUCUCUGUUCCUUCCCGAAGGCAAGUUGUCUUGGUUGGCCAUAAGCCUUCUGCGGAGUUUGAAAACAUGCUUGCUGCUGCUCAUUCAACAUAUGAUCCAAACAGAACUGUAAUUCACAUAGAUCCUAAUGACGCAGAAGAGAUGGAAUUUUGGGAAGAAACUAAUAGCAACAUUGCUCUCAUGGCGAAAAAUAACUCUUCUCCAGACAGUGUGGUUGCUCUUGUCUGCCAAAACUUCACCUGUAGCCCUCCUGUCGUCGAUCCCAAGUCUCUCGAAACUCUCCUAUCUCAGAAACCGUCAUCUUCUGCAUAAGCUGUGCUUGCUCGGAAUAAUACCAUGGCAAUAUGUAUUUCUGUAUGGUGAUGUAUAUCUAGUGAACAGUAUUGUUAAUCUCCAGUAUAGAACUAGUUAUAGGUGAGAUCAACUUCUGGGUGGUAGUGAGGAUGCCAUUUAUUUGUGUUUCGACUUCAUUGUCCCUACCAAAGUUGAAAUCUGCAAUUAGACUAAUGUUUUUCUCAACUUUCCCUAUUAAGGGGCAUGGUUUUAUUUUUGCCCUGCUGUGUACUGUUAUGGAACGUAUGGUUUUAUUUUAUGUGCAUCGUGUAAGA